AUGUUGAGGGUUUCAGAAGAAGACAUGGAAGAACUAAAACCUAACCCUAUUUUAAACUUUAAUGAAGGUCAAUUACAAAGCGUCCGACAAAUUGUGGGAUAUGAAGAUGUCAACAAGCUAAAACAAGAUCUCGAGCUGUUGAUAGAUUGGAUAAAAAAACAGAAUCACUUCGGCGUAAAAGAGUUUGAUCCAGAGUACUUAGAACGUGUUCUGAUCUACAAUAAGGGAUCUAUUGAAAACGCUAAACUGCGGAUAGAAAAAACAUGCACAUAUGUAAAUUUGAUGCCAGAGUUCUUGAAAAAUUAUGAAUUCGGAAACGACUUUCAGCCUUUACUCAAUAUUGUAAACAUAUGUGUAUUACCAAAACCAACCAGAGAUAAUUAUAGAAUACUAAUUUCACAAUUUACUGGAAUCGAAGACAAUAAAUUCGAUAUUCUAGAUUAUUAUCGAUAUCACGUGGUUAUUGGCUUACAUACAUUGUACUAUGACUACUGUGUAGGGUUUGAACUGAUUAUUGACCUGAGAAUGCUGACUUUGGGGAUUGUGACAAAAUUUAAUCCAGUAACUAUGAAAAAGGGUCUUACGUUAAUAGUUGAAACUACGGGUGAGAGAGUAAAAAAGGUUCAUUUAUUAAGCGGAUCAAAAUUUUUGAAAACUAUCAUAUUAUUAGCCAAGCAAGGUCUCUCUGCAAAACUGAGGGAAAGGCUUGUACUACAUAAUAACAUUGAAAGUUUGUAUGACCACAUACCAAGGGAAGAGUUACCUAAGAACUAUGGCGGAUACGAAAAAAGUACCAAAGAAUUAAGUGAUAUGAAUUACGAAGAAUGGAGUUCAGAUAUUCACAAAGCAAGACUAAAACUGUUAGAGAAUUCUGCCACCGAUGAGUCUCUUAGGCUACCCUGCAAAUUCAAUGAAGAAUAUUCUGGAAUGCCAGGAUCCUUUAAAAAAUUAUGUGUAGAUUAA